AUGAAGGGAAAUAUAUUUCACAUAGAUAUCAGCUCUUAAAGGCAAUAAUACAAAUCUUGCCUUAUUUGUUUCAAAGAUUUUAGUGUGAUGACUAAGGAACAUCAAUGUAAAAGGUAUGAUACAUCUAUAUAAACUUAAGAUGUAAACGAGCGGUGUGUGACAAAUGUGCUUAAAAUAAAAUGAUUAUAUUAGGUUAUUCAAAAAGCAAAGAUCCUCAUAGGGUUUGUAAUAUAUGUAAAUCUGAGUCAGAUAUCCUUAAAUAAUUUGUUAAAACUAAUAUUAUUUAGUUUAACAAAGAUUCAUUAGGAAUUGAAUGGCUUAAAAACCUUGGUGUUGAUAUUAGAUAGAUUAAAGAAUAAUAUAGAAUUUAAGAAUAAAAGGAUUUACUUGAAUAUAAUUAGUUUAUUAAUUAGUUAGAUUCCAUUUAUGAUGAGAUUGAUAGAAAAAUGAAUUAUUCAAUAAGAGACUUUAUGAGUUUAGUAGUAUAAGUAGACAAAGGCUCAGUGUUAGGGUCUAUCAGGAAUGUGCUUGGAACCUUCCUUAGAAAUUAUCCAGAAGUAGGCUUUCAUCCAAGUUUAAUUUUCACUACUUUAAUUUUGCUUUGUUUAAGCUCUGAAGUUACAUCCUAUGGAUUACUCUAAGUUAUGUAUACGCAACUAAUUCCUAAGGCAUUGCAUUUUAGGAACUUAAGACUUGGCUAUGACUUUAAGUCUGAACUUGGUGUGAUGAUCAAAUCAUUCCAUAAUUUGAAAAUUCCAACUGAACCUAUCAAACCUUUUCUAUAAGAAGUUGGACCUUAUAUUGUGUCUAUGACUAUAAAUGCAUUUGAAAUAUAAACAUCUCUGUUCAUGUUCUCUUAAUUAUUUUAAGAAGAUGGAUUUAAUGAGUUUAUAAAAGUACUUGCAUGUUCAUUUAGUGUUCAUUAAUUCAAAGAUUCUAUAGAAAAGAAUAAAUUAUUUAUCCUUUGGAAUGUAAAAGAUCAAUAGUUUUAGAAAUAUUAUUAUGAAACAAAAAAAUUAAGAAGUGAUUCUAAUAGCAGUGUAAGAUCUAUGAGUUAAUCAGAAUAACAAUAAUAAUUAGAAAAUAAAUUCAAAUAAUAAAUCAUUUUACUUCAAUAAGAAAAUACAUCCUUAAAAUAAGAAAUAAAUGUGGAUAAGAUUAGAAUUUCUAAACAAAAAAUAGAAAUUGAUUAGUUAAAUGAUUAAAUAUAAAGUUUUGAGAUAGAACUCAAAAAUUUAAGAAAUUAAUAUUAAAAAAUUGAAAAUGAAAACUCUAAUCUUUUAGAAUCUAAUCAAAAUCUUAAAUUAUAAUUUAUGAAAUAAGAAAAAGCAAAUGAAUCAUCAUCAUUUACAUUAUCCACUAAAAGUGAUUCAACACAUUUAGAAAAUGAACUCUUAAAAUGCAAAUAAGAAAUAGAAGUUUUAAAACUAUAAAAUACUAAUCCAACAUAAAUGGCACAAUUAGUUAAAUUAAAAAAUGAAUAAAUUGCAAAAUUAACAUAAGAAAAAUCAGAAUUAGAAAAAAAAAUUGAAGAACUUGAAGAACCAAAAAUUUCUAAAAGAACAUCUUCAGUUGCUUAAAUUAGUAGUGUAAUUAAGGAUUUAGAGGAUGGAAAAAAUCUACUUGAAAAGAAAAAUUAAGAAAUCUUAAAUUUAAAAAAAUAAAUAUAAGAAUUAUAAUAAUAAAAGAAAUCAGAUUAAUCUAUGACUUCAUCUUAAACUUUAGUUGAUAACCCUCAAAGAAACUCUAAAGUUGAUAAUGAAGAUGAUAUAUCAGAUGAUCUUUAAUUAUUGAUUCAAGAUUCAGAUCCUGCUAAAAAAAUAGCUGCUAGAAAUGUUAAAUAAAUGAUAGGUAAAUUAAAUGAAGAGUUAAUUUAUUAUAAGACUUAAGCAAAAUUAAAGAAAGAAUAGGUAGAACCUUUCCGUUAGAAAAGUGAAUCCUUAUAAAAAUAACUGGAUUAUUUAGUUGAAUAAAAUAAAGAAUUAUAAAUUGAAAUUGAGCAUAAAUAAGAUCUUAUUUAAGAACUUGAAAAAAAGAGAGUCAAAUAAACAAUUGACCCAAGACCAUAAGUUGUUUAAGAAGAUAGAAAAGUCUUAAAUGAAAAUAAACAAAGUUGUGCUGCAAAUUCAGAUUGUAAGAUUUUCUGA